AUGACGUUCUGUGGCCUAAAACUCGCCUCAGACGAACUAUCGCCCGAGGACCAUACGAUAUCAUCGGCCAGUCUUUGUAUGUCACCAAGCGCGGAUUUAAUUCCCUCUGGACCGCCGUUACACGCGUCCACGCCGCUGGAGAGACGGACGUUAAAUGGCUGCGUGGCUAGAGGGAGACAAAACAAUAACAAUGAGAAUGACAGAGAUAGCGAUAUUAUUAACCACAGGGACGUUGUUGACGCAAUCAAUGGGAACGUACAUGUCAACGUAGUUUCGGAGUCCACGAGUAUGGACGUGUUGAGUGGAGGCGAGAGCGACGCGGGCGACACGCUGAGUAGGCGGAAUAAUAAUAGCUUAUCGUCGCGUAUGACGCUAGGUGAUAUGACUUGUAAGCGUAAGGCCGGUGACGUCACGUACUACGUCGCCAAGGAACUACUGAUGACGGAACGCACCUACAAGCGGGACUUGGAACUUCUUACUGUUACAUGGUCAAAACGCGUUGGGUCUAUUGGUCGCACGGCAUCUUCGGGUGCUGAGGCAGCGGCGCUAGCGAAGGCCUGUCUAGCCCUGGAGCCUCUAGCUUUGCCCGCGGGUGCUUUACUGGCGAGACUUGAUAGGGCUCUGGUCACCUCAAAUAACAGGCAUGAAGUCGAAGAACCGGAGUAUAGAAAAAUAGCAGAUUUACUCUUUGACUACUUGUCUAAUACCUAUGAUGCGUACGCAGAGUAUACGGAGCAAGCGGGCACUUUAGUGGCGUUAGUCGAAAGUGCUAGACGUCGCGGAGGGGCGGCGUCUCGUGAAGCAACCGCCUUCGACCUCUCAUCACCGCUGCCACUUGCCUGUCUCCUGCUUCGCCCCUUGCACAGACUGCUGCAUUAUUGCACGUUGACACAUGAACUAUGGUCAGCAACAUGCGGACAGCAAGCCCUGUCUGCGCACGAGUUGGCGAGCAAAGCUGCGAGUCUUGCUCUCACCCAGCUGAGACACGUCGAAAACCACGCCACGCUUUGUCAGCUGCAGAGGGAUAUUGUUGGAUAUGACAAGUUACUUGUAGCGGAGCGCGAGUUUGUUCGACUCGGAUGCGUCUACAAGCAUUCGUCGAAAGGUCUUCAACAACGGAUGCUGUUUUUGUUCAGCGACUUACUUCUGAUAGCAUCAAAGUCUCCAAGCGGACACUUCCGUGCGCAUAGUGUUCUUCCUCUGGACCGGCUGAGACUAGAACCUAGCGAUCUCCCGCACUCCAUCAACGUAGUUGACGAAGAGGCCACAGUUUUGAUAAGUAUGAGCAAUGACGUGGAAUACGCGGGUUGGUGGGAAUCGCUUUCCGAUAGUAUUGAGGCUGCGCAGGAUUUACGCACGCUCGUCGAUACGCAGCUCACACAUAUUGAUAAUGACACAGAAAACACGGACGUAAAUACGAACGUGUCAACGUCGAACGCGCUCAGUUACGUUUGCUGGCAUCGAGCUACUUCGCUCACUAGGGAUCAUCUCCAUCUCGCACUAAGAAGUCAGCUAUCCGGAUACUUACUACGUAAGUUCAAGAACUCGCACGGCUGGCAGAAGCUAUGGGUUGUGUUCGCGCUCUAUUCGCUCUUCUUCUACAAGAGCUGGCAGGACGAGACACCUCUCGCGUCCUUGCCGCUUUUAGGGUACAGUGUAAGCGCCCCCUCGCCUACCGACGGAAUUGAAAAGGACUUUGUGUUUAAACUGCAGUACAAGAGUCAUGUGUACUUCUUCAGAGCGGAUAGUCAUUUCACCUACAAUAGGUGGACGGAAGUGCUGCAAACUCCGAUGAUGCAAUCUCGUCACAACUGUUAG